GGCAAAUUGGCCACCAAUGGAGCCGUCCACGAAGCUUCCAUACUUCUGCAGCGCCGUUGCGCUUCCAGCACCUCUACCUACCACCCGCGAGAUCGAAUCCUCCACCAAAGACCUACCCUCUAUAUACGCGCCAGAUACUAGGCGGAACGUGCUUGUCGGCAACGACUUUGUGGUCAAAUACGGCCAGUUCGUGCAAGAGAACGAAGGUCAUGCGCUCCUCCUACUGGAGAAGCACGCAGUCGACUGGGUUCCCCGCCUCUAUGCCAUGUAUCGCGAGAACGAGAAGCUCUACCUUGUGCUGGAGCGCAAGCCAGGACGUCAGCUCGCUGAGGUGUGGGACGAACUGGAUCAGAACGAAAUCUCUUCUGUGGUGUCUCAGCUUCACAAAAUGUUCGCUCAACUGCGAGGUCUUCCGCCGCCGUCGACGGGCCCUCGAUACGCCAAUGCCAGUGGUGGACCACUCCGCCACCGAUUCUUCAUGUGGGGCCAGCCAGAUCCCGAGGUCAAUGGUCCCUUCGAUAAUGACGAGCAAGUGGUCAAGGCGCUGGCUCGACGCUCUUUGAAAGCAUGGGAGGAUGCGUCUUGUCGCGGCUGGUUCGCCGAGUACCUCGCCCGCCAUUUGCCGCAACUGCUCCCCGGCACCGACAUCCCGAGCGUUUUCACCCACGCGGAUUUCCAGCGCAAGAACAUCAUGGUCACCAAACUACCUGACAGUGUCGAGCAGCUAAGCGGCAGAAGCAGAUACAAUAUCACUGCUGUCCUUGACUGGGAGGACGCUGGCUGGUACCCGAGCUAUUGGGAGUAUGCUUGCUGCUUUGCAGACUUCCAAUGGAUUGAUAAUUGGCCGGCACAGGUCGAGCACAUCCUUGAACCUUGCCCGCGUGAGGCCGCAGCCCUGAUGCUAAUCAAGCAGAAUGUAGACUUUUAAGACACUCUUCUGGUGCACUGGAGUUUAAGUGGCGAAAUGAUGCAUUAGAGCAAACGAAUGACUGAUCUAGGGUUUAGAAGGUACUUGCGAUGCUAUCAUGGUCGAGCUAGCGUGAAAUUGGUGGCUACAAGAUAACUUACACGG